AUGAGUGAAGAUAUAAGAAACAUAUUAUUAAUUGGUCGUACAGGCCAAGGUAAAUCAUCUUUAGCCAAUACAAUAGUAAAUGAUGAGAAAAGUUUUGAUAAUGGGAAUGAAUUCAACGAAAUUUUUAAAGAGAGUGAUAAAACUCUUAGUCAAACUAAAAAAAUUCAAGAAGAAAUCUUUACUAUAGAACGAAAAAUAAAAGGAAAGAUGGAGAAUCUGAAAUAUCGAAUCAUUGACACUGUUGGAAUUGGAGACACAUCGUUGAGUCAAAGAGCAGUUCUAGUUGAGAUAGCUAAAGGGUGCAAAAAGGUUAAGAAAGGAAUAAAUCAAAUUCUAUUUGUAUGUGGAGAAAGAUUAACACCAGAAGAAAUUUUAGCUUAUGAUAUAUUGAGAAAUAUUCUUUUUGACCAAAUGAUUGAUAAAGACAUUACUAAAUAUACUACUAUUGUUCGAACGAAAUUUUACAAUUUUGAAAAUGAAGAGGAAUGUGAAAAUGACGUUCAAUCCUUGCUUAAAGAAAGUAAUAGAGUAAUUGUCGAGGUGAUUGAAUCAUGCGAUAAAAGGAUUGUUCAUGUGGAUGUCCCACCAAUAAAUAUAAAAGGGGAAGGAAAACAAAAUCAAAUUAAUACUAAUAAAGAAAUUCGUAAGGAAGCUAGAAAGAAGUUAUUGAACCAUUUAGCAACAUGUCGAGAUGUUUAUAUACCAGAAAGUUUAAAUAGGAUAAGCAAGAGAAUUGAUGAUUUAUUAAUAAAUGAAAAUGAAAAAUUAAAAAAACAACUAGAAACAUCGCAAAAAAAGCUUGAAAAAUUGCAAGAACAACUAAAUAAUGCAAUGAAGAGAGACGAAAGAUUAUUAUCAGAAGCGUCAGAAGAAGCGAAAGGAUCAUUUCAAGAACAAAUAAAUAAAGUAUUAAGGAGAUUAUCAUUGAAAGAAAAAAGAGAAACAGAUGAACUAAGAAGGAAAAUGGAUGAUCUAAGAAAGGGAAUGGAUGAAAUAAGGAGAAAAAUAGAUGAUAAUGAGAGAUCCAUAGAAACUGGCCUUUUUGAGGCCAUUGGCAGAGGUUUGGAUAAACUGGUAGAAUUAUCAUCAGCAUUGGUAGGAAUACAAUAUGAUAUUAGUAAUUGUCAAAUUUUGUAA